GUUAUGAAGGGCCGCUUGAAAGUACAUUUUUGUAGAAGAAUUGCAGCUUUAAUUCUGUUGCCCUUAUAAACAUGCUCAAGUUUUAAUGGAUGUGCUCUACUGUAUGGCAUCACUCUGGAUAUACAUUUAGAAGGCCAGCCACUGUCAUGUGGAACUAUGGGAAGUGCAUGCAUGGCAAUGAGAAUUUGUACAAACUUUAGCACCUCAAAUAUCUUUGGCCCGAGUGCCAGGCACAAUUGAUAUCCAAAUCGCUCCAAACUAUUGGAAAUUUCGCUUUUUUUUCCCGUAUGUUUAAUUUAUUGUGUUCUUUAUCUUUAAUUGAAAUAAAAUCUUUGGAAUUUAAAAGAAAAUUGAUUAUGUCGUUUGAGUCCAUCACAAAUCCUCAGGUUCUGUCUUAAAUACAGUGAUUUUCAUUGGUUAAAUCUUAAUACAGAAAUGUGCCUCGAUGUACUUGAUCUACAUAUGUGUACAGCAUUACUGUUUAAUUUUUAGUGUUUUUUUAUUGCUUUGCAUUCCAUUGAUGUUCAGCUCUCUUUGUCUGUUCACUAAACAACAUGCUACAAUCUUCCAAUAGGCGUCUUUUUAAUAUUGCAGACUUGGAAAUAUUAUACAUUUGUAGACAAUGUGGCAGAAAAGUCUGCACAGAAAUUAGGGUACUUUCUCAAAACAUGUCUUUUAGCAAUAUUAAAACUGAUACAAUGAUUAAAUACAUACUAUAAACCCUAAUGUUGUCAUUACUAGAAAUAUCAAGUUGUAUUAAUUAAGUAUAGGUUGAAAUGUCAGGUGUUGGGCUCAUAACUCAAAUAUUUAAGUUCAUUGAAUUUUUUUUAUCAUAAAAAUCCACAGAUUAAGAUUAAGUGUUAAUAACUCAAACUUUUGAGUACAACAUUGAGGCUAUGGGGAAUACCCAUAUUGAUCUGUGUUUGAAUUAAUUGUUUCUUUGGUGAAAAGGAAGUUACGGGGGCAUUUAAAUAGUUGUAAUUAAGAAUUCAUAAAGGUUUUCGCUCUUUUGUAGUAUUAUUUAAGUUGUUUUGUUGCAAAUAGUUGUUUCGUGUGAUGUCACUUAGCACUUUAAACCCGAAUAAGUUAGCAGAAGUCAAAACAUUUGAGGUAAUCAGUUACAUCCAAUUUUUUAAGUUAAUAAAUUCCAAAUUUAAGUGGAACUGUCAAGUUUUUAUUUUGUACUGCUUAUGCAUGCUAAUUGCUCUUAACUUGAAAAAUUGAGUAAGCUACAUUUAACUUUAACAUAAAUUUAAAUUUUGAGUAAACCACCAGCUCCACUCUUCACCAUAAUAAUAACCCCCAAAACUCCAACAUAACAGAAACUCUUCUAAAUGGCAAUGUUACAAAAACACAUAAAAUAACACUUAAUUUUAACAUUUACUUUCCCUAUUGAGUCCAAUGCAAAGCAUGCUGGGAAUAAGAAAUCCCCUGCCCAAUUUGAGUUUACCAAAAAAAAAAGUUCAUUAAACUCAAAACAAUAAAAGAGUUCAGGUUACUUAAAAGGUGUCAGUUUUGUGAACUCAAAAGAAAGAGAAAGUUCUAAAUACUCAUCAAGAUUAAUUUAUUUGAACAAAUUUGAAUGAUUUAAUUUUUCCCUACUCAAUACAAUUAAUUACUUUGAGCAUUGGGGUUUACAGUGAGUGUGAUAACUGUACCCAUUUGGACAAGCUAGACCCUGCUGACUAAUUUUCUUUGUGCAUGUGCAGUUAAAGUGCAGGUACUAUAUAUGCAUUUCCUUGGAGAAUUACGUUUAUUAAAGACUGACCUAGAAUCAGUUAUGAUAUUUAUUUUAGAUGUGCUAUUGUUUGAUCUAAAAUUGAAUCAAUUCAAUUAAAAUGAUUAACAACAGUAGAAACAACUAUAUUUACAUAGCAAAUCUGAGUUAAGUCUACUUGUAUCUAGUUAACUUAAGCCAAAUAGUUAAGUUAAUUCUAAAUAAACACAAGUUAAUUAAACUUAAUUACAUACAUUCUGGAGACACCAUUACUCAAUUCAAUUGAGGGAACGAGUUUACUCAAUCAAAUGAGUAGUCAAAUUUUAAGGGUUUUCAGUGCAGAUACUAUUUUAGACUUCUCAGUACCUAUACUUUCAUUCAUAUAAACAUCAUUAUAACUCAGAUUUUUUACACAAAUACAAAACAAGUUAAAAUGUUAAACUUAACAAUAUUGUAAUAAUUUCCACUUCAGUGUAUGACCUUUCUUAAUGUGUUGAAGUUAAGGUAAAAAUAAGGUAAGGAACAGCGCAGCAUGAAUUUGUUCAUAAUGAACACAAGGACGAAAGUUGACAAUUAAGAGAACAGAGAUCUACAACCUCUGAUUUGCACAUGAUUUAAUAAUUAAUAAGUUAUGAAACUCCCUAAACUGACGACUGAGCAAAAAAAUUAUCUUGAUUCUGAGAUAAACUUGGAGGAGCUAGGCGAGGUAAUUAAGGCCUUACAGGCAAGGCUCCGGGGCCAGAUGAUUUUGCCGCUGCAUUUUUUAGAUCUUAUGCUACAGAACUGUCUCCACAUUUGCUAGAAGUUUAUAGAGAAUCAUUAAAGAAUGGAAAGCUUCCGCCAACCAUGACACAAGCCCGGAUCAGUCUGAUUCUUAAAAAGGACAAAGAUCCAAGUGAGUGUUAGAGUUACAGUCCAAUUUCCCUGAUCCAACUAGACAUAAAAAUAGUAACAAAUUCUGGCUAACCGAUUAAGUAAAGUUAUGACAUCUCUUAUACAUAUAGAUCAGUUGGGGUUUAUUCGGGGUUGUAGCUCUUCUGAUAACAUUAUGCAUUUCAUCGAUAUUAUGUGGUCAGUGGCAAAUGAUCACACUUGGCGCCGAAAAGGCAUUUGAUAUGUUAGAAUGGGAUUAUCUUUUUAAGAUUUUGGAAAUAUGUUUGGGAAUACUUUUAUUGGAUGGAUUAAGUAACUUUAUAGACACUCGGUAGCGGCAUUACAAACAAAUGGAUUAAUUUCAGAUUAUUUUACUCUGGAUAGGGGCACCCGGCAGGGUUGCCCUCUUUCCCCAUUGUUGUUCUGUCUUGCCCUGGAACCAUUAGCAGCCGCAAUAAGAAAGGAGGAUGAUUUUCCAGGGGUGAUGGCGGAAGGUGUGGCGCAUAAACUCCUGCUUUACGCAGAUGAUAUUUUAUUAUUCAUCUCUGACCCUUCUAGAUCUAUGCCUUGCCUCCACAGAAUUAUUCAUUCCUUUUCUAAAUUCUUGGGAUACAGAGUUAAUUGGUCUAAAUCCAAAACUUUGGCUCUGACAGCGUACUACCCGAUAACGGCUUUUCAGCCGAGUGUCUUUCAGUGGCCCAAACAGGGCAUUAAGUAUUUGGGUAUUUUAUUCCCAGCAAAUUUGUGUGAUUUAGUUCAAGUUAAUUUUGAUCCCUUAAUAAAAAUGUUUUCUAGCGAUGUGGGCAGGUGGGCUUCAUUACAUUUAUCGAUGAUUGGGAAGGUUAAUGCUAUUAAAAUUAAUUGUAUUCCAAAAUUCAACUACGUGCUACAGUCACUCCCUAUAGAUGUCCCCUUCUCUUAUUUCAAGCAAUUUGAUAGCAUAGCGAAGUCCUUCAUUUGGAAUGGUAAGCAUCCCAGAUUACAUUUCAAUAAGUUACACAGGCCAAUUGACAAAAGUGGGCUAGGCCUACCCAAGAUUUUGUUUUAUUAUUAUGCAUUUGGUCUCAGACAUUUGGCUCAUUGGUCGCUUCCACCUGAGAGAGCCCCUCCCUGGUUUUGUAUUGAACAGGAAGUUCUUGCCCUUAUUUUGCCACUGCAAAGCCCUUAUAUCAAACUAAUCGGAGAAGUUAAGUUACACCCCAUUAUCUCGCAUUUGCACUCGGUAUGGACAAAAGUGUCCAGAGUGUUUAAUUCGACAUUUAUUUAAAUGUUGCCUCAAGCAUAUGGCUGAACCCCAAAUUAUGUAUUGAAAGGUCCCCUUUCUGCUGAUCAGAGUGGAUUGUGAGGGGGGUUACUACACUCGGUGACCUAUAUGAGAGUGGUGUGUUUAAAUCUUUUGAAAAUUUGGUUCAACACUUUGAGAUUCCCAGAUCUCAGUUCUACAGGUAUAUACAGCUGCACCACCUACUCUGUAAUAUUUUUGGGAGUAGCUCACACCCCCCUAAAGCACCAGAUACUCUGUGAGAGGUGAAUACUGCUUUUGGAAAAGGUCAUGAGGCAUCAGUGUAUUACUCCCUAUUAACUCAGAGUCUGGGGGACAGAGCUUUAAUUUCUAUCAAGAGAUUAUGGGAGAAAGAAUUUAACUUGGUAUUGGAGGAGGAAGUGUGGGCUAGGAUUCUAAAAAAUGUCAAGUCUGCAUCUAGAGAUGCAAGGAUUCGCCAUAUGCAAUUCAAGAUUUUACAUAGAUUCUAUUGGACCCCCUCUAGAUUGUAUAGGCUUGGUCUUAAAGACACACCCACCUGCUGGUGAUGCCAGUCAGAGAAUGGAGACAUAACCCAUGUCUUUUGGGGGUGUCUUAAGAUUCAGGAGUUUUGGUUGAAGGUUCAGAGUCUUGUAUGUAAUGUAUUGGGCACUCGGGUUUCAUUUUGCCCCAGACUCUGUAUUUUGGGCGAUGGGGCGGUCAUCGAUGUUGAGAAUAGACACAUAAAGAGUUGGGUCCUAAACAGUGUCAUGAUAACCAGACAGAUUCUUUUAAGGGGUUAGAGGUCAGCUGGAGCGCCUUCAUUUCAGGAGUGGUGCUCGGAGAUGGGGAGGGUGGCAGACUUUGAAGAAUGGUCUUUUAGAAGACUAGGGAAAUUGAAUUUGUUUAUGGAGAAAUGGGACGGAUAUCUGACGUUGUUAGACGUGUGAUUAUUAUUUGUGUGUGUGUGUGUGUGUGUGUGUGUGUGUGUAUGUGUGUCUAUAAUCAUGUGUAUAUCCUCGGUUGUGGGGUUUAAAUGUUGAUUCCAUGUAUAUAUGUUUUGCUCUUCUUUAUUUAAUGUAGGAAUCAAUAAAAAAAUUUAAUUACAAAAAAAUAAUAAGGUAUGUGAGGUUAUAUUGUAAAGGGCAUUCAGCAUCUAGGACCAUUAUGAUUUCAAAAAAAUUAAUUAAAAGUUAAUGUAAUUAAAUGUUGUGGCCAGAUUAUUCUGUAAUGUGUAGGUGCUGGACAGAAUGACCCAGGAGCAGAGGUAACAGUUCCAAAAAUAUUUAUUAAUAAAGUCAGUAAUGCGCCACUGCGUAGAGUAGAGAGUAGUGUGUUCGUCAGUGGAGUUUGUGUGUCAUGGAAGCCAGGAGGAGCUUGGCAGAAUCCUCCAUAGAAGCUUGGCGAUGAGAGAGAUGUCCAGCGGACAAUACGACAAGCAAUCAGUAGCAUGAUCGGCACCGCCCUGAGAACAAUGAACAUUUCCAUGGAAACGCCGAUCAUGCCAGUCGAGGGUGCCUGCGAAACACGAGGGAGAGAAAAUGACAAAACAAACAAAACAAACCUGUGGGCUUACCGGAACCGUGACAGUAAUGAGUUCCACUUAGAGUUCAAUCUUUUAUGACUGUUCAACACAAGUCUAAAGGCUGUUUAGACUUUGUUCUUCAGUAUAUACUUGUUAUUCCACUAAACAAUAGAACUCAUACAGAAUUCAGAAAAUUUUGAAUAUUUAAUUCUAUUGAGCAAGGGAUUUUGCAAGAGUAUUAUUAUAAUUACAUUUUUGUUUAAUUUUGAUUUUAAAACUCCUAUUAUCGAAUGAAACUCACUAAAUAUUCUUAAAAUUCAGGUAAUCUACACCCGCUAAGUAUAAAUAUUUUUUCCUCUAGCAUGUGACAAUGCUGAUGUUUAUGAAGUCUUUCCUACAUCAGCUUGCUUUUCCUGACCACCCAAUUUCCCCUCCUGUUUGUGUAUAACAUCAGUGAGAAAUUAUUUCUGUCUCCAUAAAACUGUGGAGGAUUCGGGGUCAGACCAGAUCCAGAUCACACUAUAUUCUCACUUCUGACGUCAUCUAGCCUUUAAACUCGUAGACAGGCUUUGCAACCAACCACCUGGAGCUUACAUGAGCUACUUCCUCUUUUUUGUGUGGUCAUCCUGUGAUUCUAGCUAAGUAAAAUGUUUUCAGUUGGGGUCUAGGCAUAGAGGCCAUUUGACUGGCAUGUCCACCUGCUGCUGUUUUUUCCACUCUCUCUCUCUCUCUCUCUGAAGGGAACCAUCAUGUUGAAAUACACUGGAAGGCCCAGCUGACUCAAGGCGCUGAAAAAAGAUUAUGUUUGUAUCUCCCCUCUUGUUCCAUAAAUACCUUCCACUCUGUUGAAUGGAGGUUAUUUUAGAUGGUACAUGUAGCUUGAGGCCUUGAGUGCUCCCAGUCUGCAGUUUAGUGACACUCCAGAAACCAGUGGCUUUACAAUAGUUGAGUUUUUAGAGUGGUCAUGUCUGAGCACAGUGAUCAGGAAUCAUACAUGGAGGAGAUCAAUGAGGAUGAGAUUCUGGCAGGCCUGUCAGCAGAGGAGCUCAAACAGCUCCAGUGUGAGAUGGAUGAAAUCGCUCCUGACGAAAGAGUUCCGGUGGGAAUGAGACAGAGAGACACUUCUCAUCAGACGACAGUCCGAGAUUCUAGUGAGCCACAGUCAGAAGAGGAGAUUGAUGAGGAUGUGAUUCUGGCAGGCCUGUCUGCAGACGAGCUCAAGCAGCUCCAGAGUGAAAUGGAAGAGAUUGCGCCUGAUGAGAGACUACCGGUGGGAAUGAGACAGAGAGACCAAACUGAGAAACCUCCCACUGGAUCAUUUGAUCAUAGAUCGCUGGUGGAAUAUCUGUACUGGGAGAAAGAGUCUAAACGUAUGCUGGAUGAGGAAAGAGUUCCCACAACUCUAUUACCCAGCCAGAAGAAAAUGCAAGAUGAAAUUGCAAUGAAAGAAGAAGAUAAAGUUGAAGAGGUGGAAUAUGUGGAGACUGUGGAGGUGGUUGAAGAUGGUGAGGGAGAUGUUGUUGUUGAUGAAGUUAUUGAAGUGAUCAUGGAGGUUGAGGAAGUGGACAAAGGAAGCAGCGAACAGCAUGCAAAGACAGGGUUUGAGGUAGACAGCUCUAAAGUUACCUCAGAAGAUGUCUUAAAGCAGCCUCAAGAGUUUUCAGAUUCAAAAGGUGAAGCAAAGGUUGACCAAUCAGAAGGGAAGGAGACUGAAUCUAUAACAAAUGAGGAAAAGAAAGCAGAUUUCAUCCAGUCUGAGCCUGCUUCCUCGCCAUAUGAGAACUGGGUUCCUGAGAAAGAGGAGAGGGUCAUAUCCAAGCUAAAGAUCCCAAAACUAUCCCUAGGUGGAAGCGGUCUCAUUAAAAAAACAGCAAGACCCUCUGGGAAUGAAACCAAUUUGGAGACCACUUUGGAUAAGAUCCGCAACAACAACUCCUCUGUCACUGAUGUCAACCUUAACAACAUUGAAAACAUUCCCAAAGAAAUGCUCCACGAUUACGUCAACGCACUUAAGAAGAACAGGCACGUUAAGACCUUUAGCAUUGCAAACACUGGCGCAGAUGAAAAUGUAGCAUUUGCCCUUGCUAACAUGCUCAGAGAAAACAGAAGCAUCACCACACUGAACAUCGAAUCCAAUUUCAUCACAGGGAAAGGCAUCGUUGCAAUAAUACGUUGCCUCCAGUUCAACGAGACACUUACAGAGCUCCGCUUCCACAACCAAAGGCACAUGCUCGGUCACCACGCUGAGAUGGAGGUGUCACGUCUCCUCAAGGCAAACAACACUCUCCUGAAAAUGGGCUACCACUUUGAGCUCCCAGGGCCUCGAAUGGUGGUCACCAAUCUCCUCACCAGGAACUUAGACCGUCAACGGCAGCAGAGAAAGGAGGAGCAGAAGCUUCAGCAAGUGAAAGAGCAAAGAAAGGUCAUGGAGAUGUACCAGAACUAUCUGAACUUGCCUCCAGGUAUGCUGGAAAUGUUAGGAGGUUAUAUCCCAAUGGCCCUCCUGCAAGGUUCUCAGGAGGUGGAUCAGGAGCUUCCUGAAGUUUCUCCAGAACCUUCACCACAGCCAAGUCCUCCUCAACAGCUCCGCAAGACACCGCAUCCUACGCCACAACAGCGUCCUCCCAGCUCAGACACAGGAAACCUUUUGAAGGAAGUGCAACUGAGAAAGACUCCAAAACGAAGGGAUCCAUUUCUGGAAUUGAACCUCAGGGAUGAGAAAAAAGAGGGAAGGGCUAAUGUUCAGCUGAGGAGUGUUCCUAGACAAAGAAGCACACCAAGUGAAGGACCUGUAGAUGAGAGAGCCAACCUUAAAUACAUGAUAAAGACUCUAAAGCCAGUUCCUCAGAGGAGACAGCCACCUAAAGUGGAGCUAACACCUCGGGAUCAGUUGCUCAGUGAGAUUCGACAGAGCAAUGUGGCCUAUCUCAAAGCGGUACCUUUACCAAAAAUCCUGGAGUCAAGUGAAACGAGUCUCUUCUGAACCACAGACAUUAAAGACUUCAGAGGAAGACUGCACAGAGGGACAGGCUGGCACCAGGAUGUCUACACACAAAAGGCACCAUUUCCAGUAAAAGUCAAAGAACUCUGCGAGAAUCAACGUCAUAGAACUCUCUCACAAAAGCUGAAAUCUACAACUGAAUAUCACCACGUGAGAUAAAUUGCAAAUCGUCUUUGCAUUGUUUUACAAAGCUGAAAUCUUCACCUGAAUAUCACCACAGUGUGAUAAAUUGCAAAUCACCUUGCUACCCCCUCUUCUCUCUCUCUCUCCCCCUUCUCCCGUUCAACAGCUCAGGACCAAUACAAAGACACAAGAUUUAUAUGUAAAAUAUAACACAUACCAUGAAAACAAAGAAUGCAACUGUAUGUGUUUGAUAUCACUGGUAUAAUGGUCUCUUUCCCAUGUUGGUAAAACUAAUGGUGACAAAGUUAUAAGGUCUUUGCCAAAUACUGCAUAAUUCUGGAGGUCUAUCCCCCUCCUUGACCUACAAUUUAAAUGAUCUCCUGUAUGUUAAUAAGGUUAAAAACCCAGGAAGCCAAGAACCCAUUCACCCCAAAAUUCUCAUUGUUCAAAGGAUAAUACCAUUUGGUACACAAUGUUUUCUAUUUGGUACUUAAGGAGAGAUGGCAGAGGAGCUCGGGGAGUCUGUAUUCAGAUAUCCCACACAAUGGCUGUGUGUAGUUUUCUCUACCAGGAAUCUGUAGUCAGAUCUCCCGCACAAUUGCUGUGUCAGGUAUGUUACUUUGACUUUUAUUUUAUUUUU